ACCAAGGUAGUAGAUUUACAAUAUACUCUCGCAGGAGCAGAGUACACCUACUCUUCUCUCAUCUCCCUGCUCCUUUGCCCCUCUCAUCGGCAUUUAUGUCUACUAACAAUUCAAUAAAAUCAAAUCCCAUACAAGAACCCUAAAGCAAAACCCAACCCAUCCAUUUUCAAAAGCCAUGGCGAUACGCUCCAUAUCCUGGUACACCUCCUCACCCCGUGCAAACCGCACAAUCCCCAAAUGGCCCCUCCCUCCAUGCCCGCUAAUCUCCACAAAACCCUCCAGAAUCGACAUUAGAAACGAAGUGAAGGAGAUUAGGGUUUGCCUUAACAAGAGUUGCAGAAAAUUGGGGUCCAGAGAAACCCUAGAACUGAUGUCCGACCUUGCCCCUCCCGAAAUUUCGGUGAAAUCUUGCAGCUGUCUCGGCCGUUGCGGCUCGGGCCCGAACCUGGUGCUGCUUCCCGCCGAGGAAUUCGUCAGCCACUGUGACACCCCCGCCAAAAUUGCCGAUCUUUUGGCUAUUAGAUGUGGGGCCGGGGACGCGGCUAUUAAUCUAGAGGCGCUUGCUUUGAGGAAAAGGGCACAAUUGGAAUUGGAGAAGGGGAAUUACUCGGGAGCCGAGGAAUUGCUUACACAGGCGAUUAAUAUUGAGCCAAGAGGAGGCUUGCAAUCCAUAUAUAAAUCUAGUUUUUUAUAUUCCCAAUAUAACCCAGGUCAGCUGCAAGAUAUUCCAAGGGAAACUAUUCUGGUGCUCUUGAAGAUGCUCAAAUGGCCACAAAGAUUUCUCCAAAAUGCCCCCAGGCUUAUAUCCUUCAGGGUGAUGCUUACUUUGGAAAGGAGGCAUAUGGAGCAGCAGAGAAUGCAUAUUACACUGCAUUAGAGAUUGACCGAUCUCUUCGUCGAUCCAAGCCUUUCAAGGCAAGGAUUGCAGAGCUUCAAGAAAAACUAGCAAAUGUUGAGCUUGAUUGAAUAAAUGUUGAUAUCUUAACUUGAUUGAAUAAAAUUGUAUAUAUCUAAAUGUACAAAUUCUCAAGUUAAGAGUUUUAACAUGGGAAGAUUGUUGCC